CACCACCUAGCGCGUCCCACGUCUCCUUGUAUCACCCUCACCUUUACUUCUACCUCGAGCCCUUCGAUCACACAGUAGUCGGCUCUUUCUAGCUUUCCAGGUGCUUUCGAGGAGGAGCAAGAGGCGGAAGAGGAUGGUGGGGAUUUUCUCUCGGAUUUCCGGUGGCUGGGGGCACCGCCGGUCGCAAAGCGCGAUGGAUGCGAGGAACACACUGUCGCCAAACAUGGAGGAAGGAAGCUCUGUUCCGGCUGCUGUCAGCCAUGGAUUUGAAGCGACAGUUGAGUUCAAGCCAGUUGAGCACCCAUCUGAGCCCCUUGUCUGUGAUCAGCCAGUAACUUGCCCGCUACCAGAACCUUCUAUACUAAAUGAUAGAAGAAUAUGGAAAGAACGAAGAACUUCAGCUACUGCCCAUGCGAAGGCUGAUUUGCCAGUUGUUAAGGAUGGAUCACACCUCCAGUCCCAAGAUGGCCGAGCAAACCCUACUCCGAAUCCAGCAAAACGGCUGAUAUCACCGACUCUUAGCGCACCUGAACAUAAUAUCAUCACUCUCCUUGAAGAGUGUAAUACAUCCGAGGAUCAUGCAAUUAACUAACAAAAGCCUGUCUGCAGCCACUCGUGUAGAUACGCCUUUUCUAUGUAUUAUGCUAUACUUCCAAGCCCUUCUGUCUUAUAAACGUUUGCUGGUUUCCCAUCGAUGAAUUACGACCACGAACCGAUGAACCAUAAAAAUAGUUGUAAAGCACCUCAUGUAUUAUGCAAUUGCUUCUUUUGGUCA